AUGAAUAGCAAAAAUAGUAGAAUUAGAAAUACAAAAUUUAAAAGAAUACAAAAUGUAGAUGUAGAUAGUAGCAGUAGUAGUGAGAGUGAACCUGAAGAUGAAAAUGACUUUAAAAAACAGCAAUCAAUAAAUAGUCAUAGUAAAGGUGGUGUUCAUAUAAAUGAUAAAGAUGAAGACAUUCAUAAACUAUCGUUGAAUCCUGAAGAGUAUGACAGCGAAGAGGAAAAAGAAUAUCUAAUAAACGAAAAGCUAAACUAUGAAAAGAGAUUGAAAGAGAACCAACUCAACUCUCUCGAAAUCAAAGAAACCGACAACGAACAUCAAAACGAACAUUUACAUUCACCAAUUGUACAAAAAUAUAAAUCAAAAAUAUAUAAACUUAACAACAACAGUAAUAAUAAUAAUAAUAGUAAUGAAAUAGAAUUAAAUAAUAGAUCAAAUUUUAGAAUUAAUAAUAAUAAAAGUAAUAAUAGUAAUAAUAGUAAUAAUGUAAUAUCAAAUGAACAACAAACAACGAACAACAAUGUCAAUUUAGGAUUACAAUCUUCGGAACAAGUGCAACAUAUUGUAGAUAUAAAUAGUGAUGACGCUCGUCAUGAUAAUGGUACAGCUGCUACGAAUGGUAUCGAUGAAGGUGCUGACCUACUUACCAACGAAAUCGGAAGUGAAGCACAGAAUAUACUUUAUAUUCAAAAUGAACUGACAAGACCUAUGACUUUUAGUGGUUUUUUAAAACAAAUUCGAUUCUUAUGUAUAUUAUAUCUAUUACCUGUAUCUACAGUCUUAUUGGUAGCGUUGAUGACCGAUUGGAAUCAAAGCUGUGACUUCCCAUUGAAACAAUGGGCCACCAUACAAAUCAUCAUUCAAGCAUCACUGAUCAUCAAUUUGUUAUUCCUAUUUUUUGAUAUUUCACCUACAGAUACCGAUGGUAAUAUAAUACCAUAUUUAGCAAGAAUUUUAAGUUCAUCUUAUGUCAUUUGGUUUAUCGUUGGUGUCAUUCUAACUUUUAAAGCAAAGUCAAGUGACCAAUGUCCAUCAUCUGCACCAUAUUUAUUUUGGGUUAUUUAUAGUGUUGUUAUAAUACAGAUAAUCAUUUGUUCGUUGGGAUUCAUUUUUUGUUGUUGCUCUUGUGUUUUCUCACUGUUAAGAUUGGGACUGAAUUUCGAGGCGACAGACCGAGCUGCCAGUGUAAGCAGAGGUGCCACUGACUCUAUGAUUAGAAAGCUGUCUAUAAAGAAGUAUAAGGUUGGAUUGUUGGCCAAAGACGAUACAAGCUGUGCAAUCUGUCUGUCAGAGUAUAUCGAAGAUGACAAGAUAAGAAUCUUACCAUGCAAUCAUCACUAUCAUUUGGAUUGUAUAGAUCGUUGGUUGAUCAUCGACAAAUCAUGUCCAUUCUGCAAGCGUGACAUUGAUAAAGAUCCAUCGGAACAAUCUUCUACAAAGGCUGGUAGUGGUGUUGGUGAUACUGCUGCUGCUUCUACUGCUUCUGAUUCAGAGUUAAUUGAUGAUAAUGACAAUACAAAUAACCAAUCAUUGCCAACAACAACAACAACCACUACAACAACAACUACUACUACUACAACCACUACGACCACUGCAGAUGAACAUAUAGAUAUAAAUAUAAUGGAGAGAAUCAAUUUAGUUUAA